AUGGCAUUACAUAAACAGAAGGCAUAUAUGUAUGCGAAGGAAUUUAAUCUACGCUCAAUUCGAGACAAUUUACAGGCUUACAAUCUAGUAACUAGACAAUUUGAUCAACGUGAUAUAGAAAGCAACGUAAAUAUUCACAGAUUGGACAAAGGAAAGGUUUACGGAUCACUGAUAACAAUGCAAAGGCAUCCUCUAAUGGAUACCAAAGAAUCGACACCAACAGUGAAGAGAAAACAACGCAGAAGAAAAAGGCGAAAAAAAAAUAGUGGUACUAAGACUGUUACGAAUUCCGAUAACACUGGCAUGAAGCCUGUAGGGUCUACUGAAAGCCAUGUUAAGAAUCACAAGGAGCACCUUAAAUUACCAGAUAUAUUUCGAAGCGGUACGACUGCAAUUGAAAUGGAGUCUGAAAAUUUUGCGAAAGUUACUCCUAACGAUGAUACUGAAAUAAGAUCAAGUUACUUUGGUUUAGUCUCGUACAGUUCCAGUAGCAAUGAAGCAUCUGAUGCUUGUGAAAGCUGCAACAAUUUCAGUAAUGAUCGAAUUGCGAGCGUGUGCCGUCCAAAGUCCGAGAUAAGAACCUCGGGUAAAACAGAAACUUCCAGUGAAACAGAAGAAUAUGACUUCACUAAUAAUAACUGGAGAAAAAGUCACAGUAAUUUAUCUAGUUUUAAAUGUUGGAAAUGUAAACGUAUCGGUCACUUAGCUAAUGAUUGUACAGUAACUCCUAAUAUCGAUAGAUCUUUACCUUUAGCCUCUAAUAAUAAUAGUUAUCAACGAGGAAUUAAUACAUUUAAUAAGCGACACGCUUCAUCUAAAUUAAUCCACCUUUACCGUAAAUGUCGAAAAAUUAGAAAGCUUAAAGAUCCAUCAUGUAUACGAUGCGGUACAGAUACAAAUGUUGCACUUUGCCUUGAUUGCGAUACCAUGUUCUGCGAUGGAAAUGGUCAUUUAGUUGAUCAUCUCUUGGAACAUCCAGAUCAUAAUAAGUUAUUCUCCUUUAAGCUUCGUCGCUUAAUAAAGUGUUGUAAACCAACAUGCGAUAUUAUUGAUAUUUACAAACUCCGAAAAUGCUCGAUUUGCUUAGAUAAAUUCUCCUCUAGACAUUACAGUAUGAUAAAUGCCCUUUGGUCUCAAACAGGAAUAAGAAAUAUGCCGAACGCUGUCUGCUGUGAGGAUCAUUUUGAAUGGCAUCGAAUGAAUUGUGGAACGAUUAGCGAAGAAAUGUUUGCAGAUCAAAAAUUACUAGAAAAGAAGAAAUCAAGCGGAAACGGUUUUGUUAGCGAAUUUUUUUUUUAA